AUGUCCGUGGAAGUCAAGGAAAGCUCAAGGACCAAGCGAAAGGAAUGGGAACAACCACGGAUCCCAAAGUUCCUCAAGUCGUUCCUCAAGUCUGAGAGAAUGCUUCCGAAGAUCAGUGCCAAAUUGCUGGUGCGGGUAGGCGAUGAGGUGGCUCAAAUCGACCCGACAGAUGAUGGCGAAAGCAUCGAAGACUGCUACCGCGAGGACCGUUCGUGCUGCUUAUGUUGUGGUCGGGCAUGGAGGCGCGGCCUGAUGGCGAAGCUAGGGCCUGGCCGGGGGAUUCGAGAGUACUUACCACUGUCGGCCGCUCCACGUUGUACCUCCUGGUACGGGUACAACGCUGGGGGAAUAUAUUUCGCGCUCCCCAAGAACAGAUGGAUAUCAGACCGGGUUUUGGAGCGUAAAAUACCGGUGCCCGUGGAUAUUAUACAGUAUCGCGGGUACGAGAAUUCUGCUGCGCGGAAGCUUUCGUCCUUUCAAACGCAGGAUGAGACGGCUUUGCUCGCCGUGUUGAAUGGGCAGCCAAUAAACCGUAUCCAGGAAAAACUUGGGGAUAAUCCGAGUCUCGGCGGCUUCCCGGAGCAGACCUUUCUACGAGCUCCUAGAGAUCGUGAGCUGAUGUUGCUCCGAUUAAUUCUGACGUUUGAGCAUUCUUGCUGCCGCCUCUUGAAUGCAAGCGCUUUCCUACAAAUUGCUAAGAUGAUGAAGAGAGAUUACUGUAUAUUGAUCCAAUAUCAACGGCGCAAGGUUAUUAGUCUUGGUACUGUCGUAUCGGUCAGAUACCACAUAGGGAAAGGAUAUUCAUCCCAAACCGGAGGAUCUGAAUUUAUUCGUCAAGGAUUGGUAGUAGCACAGACAGUUAGCAAUAAAGAUGCCGGUCCUCAUCCCAGCACUAAAGAUGGCCAGAACGGACGGCCAAGGAUGAGGGCCGAUACACUCAUCAUGACAACGACGAGAGUCUGUUCAGAACAGGAUAAGGAAUAG